CGUAACUUCCUGUUCACAUUUUCCCAGGGAAAUGGCGGCCCUAAGUCCUGAUCGUGCUCCAGAUGGAGAGACCGAACCCGACACCGAAUCCGAACCCGACACGGACCCCUGGGUUGGGCUGGGCCCGAUCGUUAACCGGGAGCCAGCGGUGAAGCUCCCGAGUGCGGUGAGCGGUCUGGAGCCGCUCUCGUGGUCCGAAGACCAUCGCCUGUCGGCCUCCAGUACCAGCAGCAUUUCUCUUAUGGAGAUCCUGUGCGAUGUCCACGGCUGCAACCAGGAUCUGGUCAUGCAGCGGACCUCCAUCCCCUUUCCGGACAGUAUUUGUGAACUCAAGGUGGGCCUGGAGGAAGGAGAAUCUGAAGGCGGGGAAGGCAAGGAAACACUAGAUUCACCAGAGAGCCAGUGUUUGCUGGAUAGUGUGAAAACCCCAGAAGCAGCAAGUGUCUCCCCUCAGACUGGCUUCAAGUACACCAGCUGGUCCCCCUUGGGCUGUGACACCAACGGGCGCUGUCUGCUGGCCUCUCUCACGCUGGACAACCGACUCACCGUGUACGGCAACCUGAACCGGCUGCAGUGGACGGCUCUGGUGGAACUGACUGAGCUCUACGGUGAGAUGCUGGAGGAGAAGGGCUACUCGCUGCCGGGGGCCGAGCCCCCCUUGGGCCCGCUGGAGGACUUGCCCGAGCGUCAGCGGCGCCAUCGCAUGCAGAGCCCCGUGCGCAUGGAGUGGUCCAGCGUGUGCACCACGCAGCAAGUGCAGAUGAACAACGAGUGCAAGGAUGUAGGUACGGUGCUACUGGCUGUGCUCAUGGAAAAUGGGGACCUGGCCAUCUGGCAGUUCAAACUCCCUUUUGAGGGCAAAGAUUCGGUGCUUUCCUGCAACACUAUCCAGUCGGGUGUGUCUGCACCCAGUGUGCUGGCUUGGUGGGAGUAUGAGCAUAGCGGGCGCAAGAUGAGUGGACUGAUCGUGGGCAGCUCGGUGGGGCCCGUCAGGAUCCUUCCGGUCAACCUCAAGGCCGUGAAGGGCUAUUUCACCCUACGGCAGCCUGUGGUACUGUGGCAGGAGACUGACCAGAUUCCAGUGCACAACAUCAAGUGCAUCUCGCUCUUUCACCCCUACCAGAAGUGUAACUGCAGUCUGGUGGUGGCAGCCCGAGGUUCCCACCUUUUCUGGUGCCUCCUGCUGAUCUCCAAGGCCGGCCUGAAUGUGCACAACUCUCACGUGACUGGCCUGCACACCACACCCAUCAUGUCGAUGACUGCCAGCCGCUACGGAGGCUCGAUAUUCACAUGUUCGGCUGACGGCGUAGUAAAGAAGCUCACGCCCAUAUUCACUGACAUGGCGGUCAUGUUCAAGCAGGAGCAAAUCAACAUGCCUGAGGGCGUGAUUGGCAGCAGAUUACAUGGCAUAGCUGUCAGCCCCAACGGUGCCUAUCUGGCCUUGGUCACCACAGAAGGUGUGACCAACGGCCAGCACCCAGUCAGCCGGGUGUUCCAGGUCCAGUUUAUCACGUUGAAGACCCCAGAUGACGCGGCAGCAGAGCUUUUGGAGUCCAUGGUGCAGAACCUUUUCAAACAGACGGACCUGCUGGAUCUAGUGCGCUGGAAGGUUCUGCGGGAUAGGCGGAUUCCGCCCAUGCUGCAGGAGGAGCUGGACGACAAAGUGCACGCCACAGGCUCCACCUACCUGUGGCGCUUCAAGCUCUUCCUGUUCCGCGUGCUCUACCAGUCCCUGCAGAAGACAUCUGCGGAAUCGCACUGGCUUCCUUCACACGAGGACACCAAAGUGUUCAUUGUGGACGAAGAGGGCGAGGACAAUAGCGAGGAUUCCCCUGCUGGAGCCUCUGCUUCAGGGGGGGUGGGAUUAAAGGGACCUGGGGGCGGGGCCUCAGAUGAACAGAUGAGUGAGGUCAUUGCCUGGAUCGAGGCGGUGGAAUCUCACCUGACACGUGAGCAUAUGAAGAGGGUGCUGGGGGAGGUGUAUCUCCACACCUGGAUCACCGAGAACACCAGCAUCCCCACCCGUGGUGUGUGUGACUUCCUCAUGAGUGACCCUACCUAUGAAGACAGAGCUGCCAGGGUACUCAUUGGGCAUAUCUUUAAGAAGAUGAACAAGCAGACCUUCCCAGAGUACUGCAGCCUCUGCAAAGAAGUGCUGCCCUUUACUGACCGCAGGCAGGCCGUGUGCAGCAACGGGCACAUAUGGCUCAGGUGUGUGCUGUCGUACCAGGCCUGUCAAACGCUCACGUUCAGACGCUGCCUCCUGCAAGACAGCAUUGCCAGAUACCCCGUGCCUGAAGACCCCGACUGGAUCAAGAGGAUAUUGCAGGGCCCUUGUACCUUCUGUGACUCCCCACUCUUCUAGCUAGUUAGAAGACAACGGCUGCAUUGUUUCAGGCUGGCACAAGCCUGCUCAGACUACAUGGACUCUAUUUUAUUAUGUAAAUGCAGCUUUUUACUAUGAAUUUGAUUUGGUAUCGUUUAUUAAUUAUUGAGUAUAGUUUCCUUCCUCAUUCUGAGGAAGUAUGUUAAAUACUAUCUUUUUUUCCACAAUGUACAGAAUUUCAGCCUGGGUAAAGGCUGUACGGUUCACCUUCACUACAUACCUCUGUCAUUGUUCCAUAUCUUGUGUUCAGCACAGGACCUGAACCAGGUAGUUGGCCCCAGCUUCUUUUUUGUUAUCUUGCUUUUCACAUUACAGAUCUCCAUAUUUAUAUAUAAUAUAUAUAUAUAUAAAAAAAAAUAGAGCAAUGUAAAGUUUUAGGCCUUUUACUUUAUUUUGUCGUCAUGCAGUUUGACAGGAUCAUUAUAAUUUCCUUGCGCGGCGUUGUUCAAAUACAUAUUUUGCUAAAUUGGCUUUGGAAAAUUCAUGUCCGACGCUCCCUUAGUUAUGCAACCCUUCCUUUAAAGAACUGAGACGAGGGCUUCAUAUAGAUGAGGCGAGAGACGGGCAGCAGGAAAGAUCCAGUCCCUCCCAAGGGUAUGGUUUCUAAUGAGAUUCCACUGUAAUGAGGGACAGUUCCUGCUGGCAGAUGUGAGACUAAUUUUAAUUAAUGAGGUUAGAGUGCAUAUUGUUAAAUAUGAUUAACCCUUUUCGGAGAACAGCGGCUGGGUGCGGUGCGUCUGCACCGGCCCUGUAUUCCCUGCACCUUGGCUGCCCGACACGGAGGUCGGCGACUCCUGAUCAAAGACCCCGAAUGAUAGCCGGCUCCUCGGCUGCCCGUGCUGAGCCGCAUCACCCUCACCUCAUCUUACGGUGGGUUAGGGGGGGGGACGGCCCUGCCCUGCUGGCGCUUGACAUGUGAGCGCUUUCCUUUUUUUUUUUGUUAUAUUUUAACAGCGUAUCCAAGAAACGCUGCAAACCAAAAGCGCCCUUCCGUCUCAAAGAGCUCUUAAGAAAAUGCAAAGAUGAAAAGAAACCGGAGGAAUUUGUAGGCUUGUAGUGGAUGUUUGUGCACUUAUUUCUCAUCAGCUGAUUUUUCUGAGCACUGUGGUGCUGACGCCGCACAGUGGAUUAUGGGAAAACGGGUCAGGGACACUCCUGCCGUUUAAAUGCAAAGUAUUUUCCUUAAUUGCAUAAAAAAUGUGAAGGAUACACCAUUAUGUCUGCUAAUUGUAUUAACAUUUCAUUGAUCCAAAACCGUUGAUCCAUUUCCCUUUUGGUGCAUCGUCACAUUUCCUUGGAUGGUGAAAGCUUCGUGCUGAAUUAGGGACACCCAUAAUCUCGCUCUUUCUUAUAACAUAGGGAAUCCUAUAAUCGUUUAUUAGAUAUAGCUGAAUAAUGGUAGUAUAUAUGUGAAAUUAAAGCUGGUUGUCAAUGGAAGAUUUUUUCACAGAUGUAUAGAUGGCUUCCAGUGGUCCUGGUUUAAUCUCCAAGCCCCGUUUACCCCGUAAAUAGUGCUGUUUGCUAGGGUGUGUGUUAUGGUUUCUCUCUUCUGGAUUCAGCCCUGCCUUGCUGCAUGGUCUGAAGAAAUGUAUCUUAGCCAAGAAACUGUGUGUGCUGUUUUCUUUUUUUGUUUUGCUUCUUUUGUAAAUAAAUUUUUAAAGUAUUUUGUACAAUUA